UACAUAUUGCUUACUUUAUAUAAGAAAUGUUCUCCAAAAUCAGUACUUCCAUUCCAUUACAAUUUACAACAACCAAAGCAACACAUAUAUCCUCUCAUUCAUAUCUCCACCCUUACUAAAUAUACACAAACAACAAAAGCCAAACAAAACUAUUUCAUAAAUUUUGUGAUUAAUUCAAGAAUUGUAAUAAUUUAUACAAAACUAUAUUACCAUGACCAAAGAAUGUGACUACCAUGAUGACGAAUACCGCCAACUCGUCCGCCGCAUAUUCGCGGGCAUUUUAACUUUUAUAAUCUUCAUCCUCUUCGUCGUCUUCUUAAUCUGGAUCAUUCUUCGUCCCACCAAACCUCGUUUUGUCCUCCAAGACGCAACCGUUUUCGCCUUCAACCUCUCUUCCACCGAUGAACCACCGUCCCCAACCACCCCAAUUACACCAAACACACUCACACUAACAAUCCAAGCCACUCUCUCAUCCAUCAAUCCAAACUCCAAGAUCGGCAUUUACUAUCACAAACUUGACGCAUACGUUUCUUACAGAGGACAACAAAUCUCUCUCGCCACCCAACUUCCGCAAACUUAUCAAGGUCACCGUGACAUCACCGUUUGGUCGCCGUUACUUUACGGUGUCGGCGUUCCCGUUUCGCCUUACUUGUCGGAAAUUCUUAGACAGGAUCAACUUUCAGGUGGAGUGUUGGUCAACGUUAAAGUCAACGGGAGGGUUAAGUGGAAAGUGGGGACUUGGGUUUCUGGAAGGUAUCAUAUUGAUGUUAACUGUCCGGCGUUUAUUCGUGUCGCCGGCGAUAAGGGUGACGGUGGUUUUGGAGUUUCUGGUCCGGCGGUGAAGUUUCAGUUUUCGCAAAGUUGUGUUGUUGAUGUUUAAGUGAUGUUUAAGCAAAGUAAUAACUUUGGUUUCAUUAUUACUUUAGUUCUAAUUGAACUUCAUUAAUAUCAAUAACCCUUUUCAAAAGUUA